AAUUCGCAGAUGUAGGAGAGGCCACCACUCGUACAAAUGGCGUGUCGAGCCAAAAAUGAAUCCUUUUUCUUUUUCGAACGGCGGAAAAACCCUUCCUUUUGAAGAAUUUCAAUUUUCUUUUUUCCCAUUGGCUUUAUUCAUUUUUGUUUCCCAUCUCGUCUUUUCGUUUUUUUUUUUGGUUUUGGGAUUGUUUGGUGAGAGGUGGGUAUUGGGUAAUACGAGAAUCGUGGAAGACAAGGAUUCGGAUUUGGAUAAAAAGAGAUUCUCUCUCUCUCUUUUUCUUAGGAAAACCAAAUCAGUUUUGGAUUUGAUUUCUGGGUUUUCUCAAAAGAGCCUUAUUUUGGCGUUCUUGUGAAGAAGGCUCACGCGGGGGAUCGUGUCCCCUGUUUUUUUUUUCCUUCUUUUUUGGGUUUCUCUGUUCAAAUUUCAUGAUAAAGCAGAUUCCUUUCUGAAUUUUAGCUUCUGGGUUUUGGUCAUUAAAAUCACCGCCGGCUCAUAUUCGAGGUUUUUUUUUUCUUUCUGAGAUUUGUGGGGAAGAAGAUGAUAAGGUGGUGGGUGAUUUCAUAUAUGCAACUCGCAGAGCUCUUCGUGAGCUCUAUGGUGCAUUUGCUUUAUGGGUUUUAUAUAUUCAGCUCCGCCGUCGCUGGAGAUAUCUCUCAGAUGAUGAACGAUUACAUUUUCAAGUCCAAUGUGGAUUCUGAUGCUACAGAAUCUGUUCAAAAUCGAAACAAUGUGGAUGGUUUGCCUCCCAUUGUUUUGGUUCAUGGGAUCUUUGGAUUUGGCAAAGGGAGAUUAGGAGGUUUAUCGUAUUUCGCUGGUGCUGAGAAGAAAGAUGAGAGGGUUCUGGUUCCUGAUUUGGGUUCCUUAACAAGCAUAUAUGAUAGGGCUAGGGAAUUAUUCUUUUACUUGAAAGGAGGGCAAGUUGAUUUCGGCGAAGAGCAUAGCAGGGCUUGUGGCCAUGCUCGGUUUGGGAGAGUCUAUGAACAAGGGCAAUAUCCUGAAUGGGAUGAGGAUCAUCCUAUACAUUUUGUCGGGCAUUCUGCUGGGGCUCAGGUCGUGCGAGUGUUGCAGCAAAUGCUCGCCGAUAAGGCUUUUGAAGGGUACGAGAACACGGACGAGAACUGGGUUCUAAGUGUAACAUCCUUAUCCGGGGCGUUCAAUGGCACAACAAGAACAUACUUAGAUGGCAUGAGGCCAGAGGAUGGAAUGAGCAUGAAGCCGAUAUGUCUUCUGCAGCUAUGCCGUGUGGGUGUGAUAAUGUAUGACUGGUUGGACAUCCCAUGGCUGAAGUCAUAUUACAAUUUCGGGUUCGAUCAUUUCAACUUAUCAUGGAAGAAAACGGGUUUUAGGGGUCUUGUUGAUUGCCUCUUGGGAAAUGCAGGUCCAUUCGCUUCAAACGAUUGGAUCUUACCCGACCUUACCAUCCAAGGAUCCACUCGUCUUAAUUCCUACCUCCAUACAUUCCCCAACACAUUCUACUUCAGCUACGCCACCAAACGAACCCGGAGAAUGAUGGGAAUUACUGUCCCUUCAGGCGUUCUCGGGAUUCACCCUAUGCUCUUCCUUCGCGUAUUCCAGAUGAGCCGAUGGAAGUUUCCUCAGGAUGUCUCCCCGCCCUAUAAAGGCUACAGGGACGAGGAGUGGCAGGAGAACGACGGGGCAUUGAACACGAUAUCGAUGACACACCCGAGACUGCCAGUGGAACACCCGAGUAAGUUUGUAGUGAGCGACUCGGAGUGCCAAACGUUGCAGCCAGGGAUCUGGUAUUAUAAGAUAGUGGAAGCAGAUCAUAUAUUGUUCAUAGUGAAUAGGGAGAGAGCAGGAGUUGAGUUCGACUUGAUAUACGACAGUAUCUUCCAACGUUGCAGGAAGCAUGUCUUCAAGAAAUCUCCUCAGACUUUGCCUAAUGAGCCCCCUUCUCUUCACUCUUCUCCUCUUUGAUUAGCACUCAUAAAUCUGGAUUGGGAAGACACCAUUGGUUUUUUUUUUUUUGUUUCUUUUAUUGUUUGGAUGGGGAAAAAAAAAGAAAAAAGAAAUUGAUUUUUUAUUUUUAUUUUUAUUUUUAACAAUUGGCUCAUCAUUUGUCUUAGAUUCCUCCUUUUAGAAGAAUUUAUAAAAGAAUUCCCCUUUUUUGAUA